AUGGUGUUUGCGAUGCGCCUUUCCCUCUUCGCCCUCCUGGGCUCCGAAGCAGCUGGCAUGAGCAUGCUGAAGCCCAAGGUCCGGAGGCCUGAGAAGUCGAGGGCGCUGCUGGCAACGAUGGUCAUGCCCGACGAUGACAUCCCAGUGGAUAUCAUGCUGGAGCACCACAUGCGCAUGAUGACUGGCAACUUGAGUUCAGUGGAGGCCGCCAUCAUCGACAACCGUCCGCCCUGGGCGGAGGCGCAGAGCACGCAGGAGCCACUCCUGUCGCGCUACCGCCGCUCGCAGGGCGCCACGGGCAACGUCCAGGUGAAGAGCGUGAAUUACACCAGGAUGAGCGCCCUGCUGGGUCGCUUCUUUGGCCAGAGCGAGCUCCAGCUCUUCAGCAAGAGCGUCAGCCUUGCCCUGGCAGGGCGAGACGCACCCGCGAACGUCACGAAGCUCGACCCCAAGGGCAAAGCUGCUCGGUUGCUUGGAAUGCUGCACUUCUUGGAACUUUGCCAGGAUGCCGACGCGGACAUCGACAUGUGCAUCUACAUGGACUCGACUACUUUCGUGUAUCGCGAGAACCAAACUGGAAUUGUCGAGCUGGCGUCGCAACUAUUCCGCAAGGAGCCGAACGCGGUGGUGCUACAGCCGCCAGACUUGUGCACCUACACGCGGACCUCCGAGAGAGGUGUGUGCAAGCUGGGGAACACGACUGGCAUCUACCACGGCUUUAUGGUGAUCAACCGUGAUCGUUUCGAGGGCUUCGCGCCCAUGGCGGUGGACGAGAUUGGCCUCUCGAGCAGCUUCGAGGACCUUCUGGCUGAGGGCCUCACCAAGGGCGGGGUCGAGGGCGCCGUGAGGCGCAUCAGGUGCGGCGGCACGUUCGCCAUCAACCCCUACGACGCGACCCUGGGCCGGUAUGCCUGCCAGGCGCCCAAUGCGAUGGGCCUCUCGUCGCUCGCGAAGUCCAUGACGAGCCGCAGGCACAAGGAGGCGAUGAGGAACGGCUUCUCCGCCGACUACGCCCGCUUCCAGGGCGGCGCGGAGGCCGCCCAGGCGCUGCAG